AUGCGUGGGCCCCCGCCCGAAGACCAGCAGGUUGUGGACUUUGUGAAAAAUUGGAGACGGAAAAAUCCUAAGAACGAAAUGGCGCCUACAAUCGAGAUUUGCAAUGGCCACCUCUACGAGCAACAAGAUAUAGCGACAUUAUACGAGUUUGAAAUGAUGAUC